GCAGGCGCUGGCUGAGCGGGGCCAGACGAUCUCAGUUAGGCUGGAGCCGCCGUGCGAGCGGCCGGUGUAUGUGUGUGUGUGUAUUAACCUCCUAUGUACGGGGCCUGGCCUUUCCUCGCUGGUCAACUUUCUCAACGCUGACAUAACGAAGGCAAAAGAGCUUUCCAACGUUUCCCCGCGGUGUGUUCCAUCCCCGUGACAGUUCUGAUGGUGUGUUUUUCCCGCUCGCAAUGCAUCGCUGUGACCGCAAAGUUGGUUUCCGUGAAGACACGAUGAUCUAACUUCUUCGUAUGGGUGUUUGCGGCCAGGGUGGGUUUCGCCUUAUGUAUGUACUGUCAGAGCCUGAAAUGGAAAUUUGGUGAAUGGGUUCGCAGAGAUUUAAGUAAUUUUAUCGGUAUUUUGACUUGGGACGUUUUCUAGAUGGUGAUAAACCUUGGACGGUGCAAUCAUGGUUCAGACUGAGCACUCGUGGAUUGUAAUGAAUAAUCAUGGGCUCAAGUGACUGACACGUAAAAAUAUCUUAUAUCAAUUUCUUUCACUUAUUAAACUUUAUGGUCUAGUACAGUUGUUUUAAGUUCGACCACAAUAUUCUGACUCUCCUUUACUGGACUCUUAGAGACUUUAGAAAUGCACAGAUGUUGUGGAAAACCUCUGAAAUGGGAGUUAGUUUUCUUUUGAAGUUCUCGGUGAAGCGGGUUGCUGAAAAGUUUAAGUAAUUUUUGUAGUGGUGGUGGUAGUGGUGGUGGUGGUGGUGGUGGUAGUGGUGGUGGUGGUAGUGGUGGUGUUGGUGGUGGAUAUGACUACCGAGCAGCUCAAACUUCGUCGAGGUGGAGGUAAUGAUUAUUGAGCACGCAGAACUUUCCUACCAUCACUAACAUUCUAAAUGGUCUCAUGUCUGAAAGUUUCAUCUCUUUUUAUUCCCCUGAUCCGGGUCGAGCAACACUGACAUGACCGGAAAGACGAACUAGAAAACAGUCGCAGGGAGGCUGCAGUGACGACAUCCACAGCCCAUAGCAACCGGAUCUGGUAGUAAGUCGUUCAGUGGAAGAACCCGAGCGAGAUUGGAAUGCUAGUCUCUUAUGGUGAUGAACUGUGAUGGAGAACUGUUGUAGUGAAGUUAACCGGUAACAUGUGAUGGAGACCCUGCUCUGGUGACUAUUCCGGUGACCUGCAAUGUAAACCUGACUUGUGCUGGUGAGUGACUCGAUGUAACCACGGCUAAUCAUAAUAUCUGGUGACCACACGACUGAGAGAGAGAGACAAGGAGCGCUUACACCAUGUUCAUCUUCCUUUACGUUAUGGGUCUGCUGAUGGUUUCUGCGUGCGGGGGACCUGAGGACGUGGAGGCAGCCUACCCACUGACAGGAGUGACGGAACUGACACCCAUCUCCUACACCAGCUUGACGGGGGCGCUGCUGAACCACGACGACGAAGACGACGAAGCAGAGAUAGUCGAGGACGAGGAGGGCAAUGAGGACGAGGACGAGGAAGAGCCUUACUUUGACGCCUCAAUGUCUCCGACUUACACAGCCUACCUGGGCAAAACAGCCACACUCACCUGUAUAGUCCACGCUGCCAAGAGUGACAAGUCGGUGUCAUGGAUGAGAGGUCGCGACCUGAGAAUCCUGACGGUGGGUCGCUAUACCUACACCACCGACCUGAGGUUCGAGGCGCUGCACCAGCAGGCGAGCACUGAAUGGACGCUCAGGAUCAAGUCGGUGCAGCUGCGUGAUCAGGGAAACUACGAGUGUCAGAUCACCACACGACCCAUCAGCACCUUCAACGUCUUUCUCAAGGUGGUAGAGCCGACGGUGGAGGUGUUGGGAGCGCCGGACAUUUACGUGAAUCGAGCCAGUAUGAUCAACCUCACCUGCAUCGUCCACCACGCCCCCUACCCACCUGAGGCCAUCACCUGGUACCACAACAACCAGAGCAUCAGCUACACGUCUCCCCGUGGUGGAGUAAGUGUGGUGGAGGAGCGGGGGGAGACCACCACCAGCUUCCUGCUCCUGCAGAACGCCAGAGCCUCGGACACUGGCACCUUCACCUGUCAACCAGAGGGCAUGCAGCCGGCUCUAGCCACACUCCAUGUGCUCGACGGGGAGCAUCAGGCGGCCAUGCAGACCAACUCCAGCUGCGUCUGUGCACCCAAGCUCUCUUUCCUUGUCGUGGCCUUCAUCGUCACCUGCUGUGCAGUCUUGUGAAGUGCGCAGCGCCUCCUGACACUCCCACACUGCGCUGGUACCUGACGCUACUACAGUGCGCACCUGAUGCCGCUGGGCGCGUUGGAUCUCUCGACGCACGCCUGACGCAGCAGUGUGCCGAGGAUACGACUGGUCGCGUGCGGUUCGUCGCAUGCGACCCUCCCCGGGCAGCGAAGAUUGGAAGGGGAAAUGCAGGUCACCAGGCAUGACAUUCUGGCCCUCUGAUAUAGGAUUCUUGAAAGAAAGUCACUUGUCACGAGAGAGAGAGAUACGUGACCAGAUCUCCGGAUCUAUUUUACUGGUGGAUGAGGACCCACAGAGAGCCGUUCUUGUACGAAGUCAACUUAAUUUCAGUGACGAACUCAACCUGUCAUCCGAACUCAACCUGCCAAUUGAACCCAACCUGUCAAUUGAACUCAACUCGUCAUUCGAACUCAACCUGUUAAACUGAAAACUGAACUCAACCUGUCAAUUGGUGACAAAUCAUCUCGAAUAAUAAAUCAGCCGCAGUUCUGGAAAACGUGUUUCCGGCGAGCAACAGAACAGCCAGAAGCGCUGGAAUAAAAUAUUACCGACAAACUGUCAUGAAUUGACGAAUGGCUGACCGUGUUUGGGCAACUCCGCAUGACCUAAAAUCCAGAAGUUUUGCGUUAAUACGAUAUUAAAUCGGGAUUAUAAAACCCAUUAAUUAUUGAGCCGGGACUUCUGUUAUUUUCAUUUCAGAAAAAAAUAUAUCUAUGAUUUGCAGUUUCGUUUAAUUUUUUUAUAUUGUAUGAAAAUUUAUCUCCGAGUGUCAGAACGGUUAAUUACAAUUAGGAGAAACCAAAUUAUGUUGUUGUAUUGCAAAAUCAUUCUGGAAAAUAUUGCAACACUAGCGAGUAUUAGAGUCACUGUGAGUGUUUACGAGCAGAAACUUCUCAGACUGAGUCUUAAUUUCUUCGUAAGAUGAUGCAUAAGACAGGAAAAACACUGGUAACCACACGAAUCUUCCUUCCGAGAAACUGUUGGACUAUUACUGCUGGAUUUCAUACUUCUAUACGUUAUCCCAAGACUACCAAAACUGAGUAACACAAACAGGAAGCAUAAUGAACUAAACUUAAAAAAGUUGCUGACACAGAGUAACGAAGCUGAUCCUUAUGGAAAUUUCACUAAAAAUUCCACCUUAUUUAGCCCUUGAAAAAAGAAAUGAAACACAUACUGCUGUUACUAGUACGCAGCCUGGAAUGUGUACGUCUUCCCCAGCUGGCCACCGUGGCGUGUCAAGUCCAGAACAGAUGACACAGGUGUGAGGUAUUGCGUCAGUAACGUGGUACAGUGUCAUGUAAUCUCCAGAUAUACAAGACUCGCACACGGGAAGCGUCUCAGAGCCAUUUGUACCGUUGAGUAGUGUAUCUGGUGAGGUCAGUGUUCUGGUUGCUCAUGUGAACACAAACUGCAACAUUCCUGAUUCUACUGCCGAGGAACUUCAUCUAUGCUGAUCAUUUCCUGCUCAUAGUAGGAAGAUAACCGUUUGAUCUCACCUGUUGUAAAUAUCUCUCUGUGUCCUUCAGUACUGUGUCUCGUCUCCACUAGACCUAAAACUGCAACGUAGCCUUUUAUUUUUACUGUGGUUUUAUAUGCUGGAUAGUAGAAAUGUAGGUCGAAAAUCCCGGUGUAAUUUUAAUUUUUCGUUUCCAUUUCUUUCGUUGAGUUUUACCUGAGAGUUUUGGGGGCCACUGCUGCUGCGAUCAUCAUCCCUUCACCUUCCCCCUUCUCUUUGUUGAUAAUAAUUAUUUCAUGGUCAUUUACGAGAGAGAGAGAGAGAGAGAGAGAGAGAGAGAGAGAGAGAGAGAGGAGAGAGAGAGAGAGAGAGAGAGAGAGAGAGAGAAAGAGAGAGAAGAUUAAUUAAAACAACUGACGAAAUAUCGUACGAGAUUAAAAUGCAUAAAGUAUAAAGAGAGAGACAGAGAGAGGCAGAAUUAAUCAAAAUAGAUUAUCAGUUUUUUUUUACCGAUAAACUCGCCAUCACAAUAACAUAAAUUAAGGGUGAAAAAAAAGGAUCAUUGGAACUUUACUUGAACAACCUUUCCCCCCAAAAAUUACCAAAUCCUAAAAUAAUAACCUGUGUGCACGUUAUUUACACCACAAAACAUACUUAACUUUCUUAAACAAUUCGACUCGCGACAGCAUAGUAACAUGAUCAUAGCCAACUCAGGGACCUCACAGAACCCGACCCACGGGAAGGUCAACCUAAGAUUACAAAACCAACGCUCUUACCACUGCACUAUGGAGGUUCCGCUCUACCGUGAAACCAUCACUGUACCGUGGAAGUAGCACUGUACCAUAGAGAUAAUGUACUUUGGGGCAAAAUUCCUAGCUCACCUUCCCUCUCCACUCUCAUUAUAUGCUACAUGUUAGUCACGGAGAGCUAAAUCUAUGGUAUUUAACCCGCUUAAUUUCUAAUUUUAAAUUCAUGGGUUAAAUUGAUUCAAUUUAAUAAAAAAUGUUAAUAAUUCUUUCAUUAAUUCCUCGUUCAGAAAAAGGAUACAUAGUUUUUCUUUAUAAUUUCCGUAUUGUAAAGGAACAUCAACCUUUUCUAUGAGAUAAAUUUUGUAAAGGAAAAUCCAGAUAAACAACUCGAAAUUUGUCACAUUCUGCUAUACGUAGAAAAUUAAAUAUAAAUUAUGUAACAUAAAUUAUACAAUAUAAAUUAUACAGUAAAUAUACUGUAAAUAUACAGUAAAUGUACUAUAAGUAUACAGUAAAUAUAUCAGUAUGUGUAUCCAUCGUGAAGUGACUCAGUCAUGUGUUCCUACUGUGACCACAUAGAAGCAGUAGGUGUCACUAUGUUAGGUGGGUCAGAGGGUCAGUUAUACCCACCCACUGCGGAGUGACCCAGUCAUAUGUAUCCACUGCGGAGUGACUCAGUCAUAUGUAUCCACUGCGAAGUGACUCAGUCAUAUGUAUCCACUGCGAGUGACUCAGUCAUAUGUA